GAAACAAAUGAAAUGCGCGUAAUUAUUGUGCGCAUUUCACUCCGAAGCACUUCUUAGACUCGCAUACCAAAAGAAAAAUAAAAGUAUACAGAUUGAUCAGAGAUACUCAUUUCCUUCAAAUGUACGAUGACAAGAAGACUUUUAUUGAUAUCUUUGACUCUAUUGCUUUUAGCAAAACAGUAUGUGGUGGCAGAAGAAGAUUUCUGCGUUUGGUGUAACAAAGAAAUGGCUAAUAAUUUCAUGAACUGCAUCACUGAAAAAUUAAUGAAUGAACCACAAUUCGGCAACAUUCCUAAAAACAGUAUAAAUGAUGUGAAAAGCAGUAUGCUUGCAGCUUCUAAUGCUAUGACGAGUACUUCGCAGAGUUCUGAGGCGAAAAUGCUAAAUGGAGCUCUUGCUGGUGAAAUAAGUGGGCUAGUUAAAUCUCAAAUGGUUUUAACUGGACAGAGUGCACACGAGGUUACUGCAAAAAUAAUGGAUAUGAUUGCAAAUUGUUACAUAGGAGUAACUGGAAAACCACAUGCUCAUUUUGUUCGUAAUUUAGGGAAGGCAGUUGAUUUCAUGCUGUCAGAAGAUCAAGACGACAAUGACAGUCCAUCUGCUGUUGCAAGCAGUUCUGCUCAGAGUGGAAAUAACGCACCCGUUCAGCGACCUCCUCCCGUGCUUCCACAGGCUCCCUAUCAACAGGUUCCAAUUAGAAAUCCAGGAUUCGUUCCAUUUAAUCAGCGCUCACCUCUUAACAGCCAACCACCACCAAAUUCAAAACCAAUGCCUACAACAAACGAACAGCCUAAUAGGGAAUUUCCCAUCAACAAUGAAAGCCCACGAGAAUUUAACCACCAGGUUCCGGUAAACAAUCAACAUCAACCUACAUUCCACCAACAGCCUCCAUUGAACAAUCAGCCUCCACCAACUUUUAACAGGCCAAUUCCUUUUAAUGGACAACCUGCGCCAGGUUUUAACAGGCCAAUUCCUUUUAAUGGACAACCUGCACCGGGUUUUAACAGGCCAAUUCCUUUUAAUCAGCCGUCAUUUAUUCAAAGGCCACAAUAUUUUAAUCAGCCCCAUCCAAAUGCUGAUCAUCAGUUACCUACAAAUAAUCAACCAUCACCUAUUUUAAAUCAAGGACCUCAGUUUCCUCCAGGUCGCAAUCAAAUUGCUCAAGAAAACAGACCUCCUUUUCAGGUCAACAAUCUACCGCAAGAAAACAAUUUUAAACCAAUACCAAACAAUUUCCCUAGACAGUGGAAUAUUCCUGCCAACAAUCCCGAGCGACCAACAGAUUCAAGUGUUGCUAGACCUAUACAAGGUCAGUCACAACCACAAACAUUCCAAGAGAAUAAACAGACGGAACCAAACAAUCUAUACCGUAAUUUUCCACGAACAGAGCCUAAUCAAAAUAGAAACCUUCCAAGUAUUUAUCAACAAAACCCCUCAAAUAGUGCUUCUUCUGCAGUAGCAGUUAAUAAUGUACCUUCAGGUGGAAAUUUCAACGCCCCUCCAAAUGUUCCGUAUUUAGGAAUGAAUCCAAAAGGGCCCCAGAUUCAGACACCAGUAUUAGGAAAUAGACCUGAAGUUACUCGCAUAGAAAAUUUAAAUCAAAACAGAUACCAACCAGGACAAUUCGUGAAUAGGUUCCCAUUAAACGUAGCAAACAGACCAAAUGCGGUCAAUUAUCAACCCAAUCAGGUCGCCAUAAACAAUGCUCCAAUUGUUAACCCACCAAAUAAUCAACCCAAUUCGGCUGCCACAGCUGUUGCUACAGCAGUAAAUCCAUUAAAUAAUCAACCCAAUCCGGCUGGCACAGCAGCAAAUCCAUCAAACAAUCAACCUAAUCCGACCACCUCAGCAGUAAAUCCACCAAAUAAUCAACCCAAUCAGGCUGGUACAGCUGUUGCUUCCGCUGAUAACCCAUCGAAUAAUCAACCCAAUCAAGCUGCUGAUAAUCCAUCCAAUAAUCAACCAAAUCAGGUUGCUAAUGCUUCAAGUGCAGCUGCUUCAGAAACAGAAACUAGUAAUGAUGAUUCUUCAAACCAAGAACAAGAUGGCGAACAAAUAGACAACGCACCGAAUGCUGAAGCUUCCGACAGUGCAAGUGCUUUUCGCCAUCGAAAACACAAGCAUAAACCACCACAGGUUGAUAAUGUAGACAGUAGGGAAGCAUGCGCUUUAAGAUUUGGAGAAACGUUAUUUGUGUAUCUAACAAACUCAACCAUAUUUCCAAAAGUACUUGAUACUUCGACUCCGAAAUCUUUUGCCUCCAUGAUUAUUCCUGAAGUUAACAAAAGAGCUGCAACCGAUAGUGGAUAUGAAAUUAGUGCAGACCAAAUAGAGGCUCUUUCUAAAAUAUAUAUGAUGCGUUUACCAGAAGGUACCAACAGUCAAUUAUAUGGCGAAAAAAUGUCAAAAGCUGUUAUGGUUCCGUUGUUUCAAACAGGGUUCAUUGGAGACGAUUGUGAAGCUGAAGCAAAAUCUAUUGGAUCAAAUAUUUUAAAGUAUUUGAAAUUAGUUAUUCCUUAUCUGAAUAACAUUAAAAGAAAAGCCUCUCAGUCGUCUUCUUCCCCAGCUAAUUCACAAAAUGGAAAUGCAGUCGCUGUUGCAUCAGCAUCCUCAAGCAGUGAUGCAAAUGCGGAUUCAGACAAUCAGCAGUAUGAUGAUGAAUAUUAUACUUACGAUGAUGGAUACACUGAUUAUAAUUCAAACGAUUACAAUACCAAGCAGGAUGUGGAUACUACACCUGGAAACAAUAAAAAUGAAUAUUUAACGACAACUGCUGACGUAGAUGAAAAUUGUGAUUAUGAUGAACAUUGGCAAGAAACAUCAAAUACAAAUCAAGAACCAGAGGAAAAUAAUAAUAAUAAUCAAAUCAGUUCUUCUGCUACUGCAGAAGCAGAUUCUAACUCCCAGACACCAUUUAAAAGUUUUGGGAAUUUAUUUCAGAGGCCACAGACACCCACUCAAGAUCAACCCGAUAGCUCUUCCUCAAACGCAGGGGCUAAUACAGAUUCUCAAGCUCCGAGUCGAAGUUUUUGGGCAUUUUCCCAGAAACCAAAUGAAAAUCCUGUUCAAUCAAGUAGCUCUUCUACGAAUGCGGAAGCUAACUCCGACUCUCAAGCUCCGAAUCAAAAGUAUUGGUCAUAUUUCCAAAGACCAAAUGAAAAUCCAAUUCAAUCAAGUGGUUCUUCUGCAAAUGCAGAAACUAAUUCCAACUCCCAAGCUCCGCGUCAAAAGUUUUGGUCAUUUUUCCAGAAACCAAAUAAAAAUUCAGUUCAACCAAGUGUCUCUUCCACAAAUGCGGAAGCUGAUUCCAAUUCUCAAGCUCCGAAUCAAAAGUAUUUAUCAUAUUUCCCAAGACCAAAUGAAAAUCCAACUCAAUCAAGUAGUUCUGCAAAUGCAGAAACUAAUUCCAACUCCCAAGCAGCGCGUCCAAGGGUUUGGCCAUUUUUCCAGAAACCAAGUGAAAAUCCAGCUCAAUCAAGUAGCUCUUCCACCGAUGCAGGAGAUAAUUCAAAGUCUCCGUUUGGUGGUUUUUGGAGCAUAUUUCGAAGACCAAAAGCUGAGCAAGCUUCUUGGAAAGAACCAGGUUUUGCUCCUAUUGCUGCUCCAAGCGAUAAUUCAAAUGGUAAUCCAUCUUCUGCCUCAAACCAAGUACCGGAUUCGGUGCAAUUGCAAGAUUCAUCAUUAAACCAAAAUAAGAGAGAAGAUCAAGUGUUAAAUGAGGGAUCAGAUUCUAUGCAACCACAACCUAGCCAAGCAGUAAAUCAAGGUCCAAUACCGAAUCAAAAUUCAGGACCAAGGCAGUGGAAACCAUAUCAAGGAUUUGCUAAUACUCCGAAUGGAGGACCAGCCAAUACUGGUCCAGGAUUUAUACCAAAUCAAGGACCAGCCAAUACUGGUCCAGAAUUUAUACCAAAUCAAGAACCAGCCAAUACUGGUCCAGGAUUUAUACCAAAUCAAGGACCAGGUGGUGGGCCAAAUCAGUACCCUAAACCUAUUGGCGGAAGGUUUGGAUCAAUACCAGAUCAAGUAGUUCCUUUUUCAAACCAAGGAUUUGGUCCAUGGCAUAAUAGAGAUUCUUUACCUGUUCAGGCAUCAGAGCAAGCAUCGAACCAAGAACCGUCCAAUGCAGGACCAGAAUACGCCCCAAAUCAAGAGAUAGAUAAUUCUCCAAACUUCGCACCUGAGGAAGCGAUGACCGAUGGCCCAAUGGAAGAAUCUGGAGAGGGGCCACAGGAUGGACCAGGAGAAACCGAUUAUUGGGGAUCUGGAAUGGAACCAAAUACAGAUGAAGAGCAGAAGAAAAUGUCUAGUUCUAGUCCAGUUCAAGAAUCAGGAGGAGCACCAGAUGAAGGACCCGGGAAAACAGAUAAGGAUACCUUUCCGAAUUUAGGACCAGGUGCAAACCAAGGAUCGGAAACAAAUCCAAUCCAAAAUUUCAAUGCAGAACCUAAUCACUCACCGGAUCAAAGUGCUCAAAAUCCACACACAGGACUUGCUAACUAUUUAGCUAAUAGUCCUGAUGCCAACACCAAAUCUCAAAUGGAGGAAUUAAAAGCAGCGUGCAUAAGAAGUAUCACUAAAAAUGGUUACAACUACAAUGAAUUAAUUUCUACUAUGGGAAAAAUUUCAAAAGACAUGAAAAACAUUCAUUCAGAUUGGAGUGUACCUAAAAUAUUUUCUUUUACAAAUUUCGCAACUAUGGUGGCGUGCACUCAAGUAUUACAAAAUGUUGCAACAGCUAUGGCUACGCAAAAUGCUCGUCCAAGAGAAAUACCUAAUAGCAAUUCUGCAAAUGCAGCGACAACAAAUUUUGAAGCACCAGUAAAUAGAGGUAAUGAAGCUACGAUAAAGAGGGAAAACGAAACUCCAACAAACAUAAUUAUUGAAAGAAACAACAAUUUCAAUGAAAGGCCAGCCAUAUUACCGCCGAAUAAUGCACAAUUCAUUUCAAAAUCUGUUUCAAGACCAUAUGUUUCUCCUCAACAAGGACAGAAUAAUAGAAAUUUCCAAAGAGAUUAUAACAAUGCGCCAAAUUACUCCAGACAACCAGCCUUCGGACAACAAAAUUCUUUCCCAAUAGCUCAAAGACAAUCAUUUUCUAGUGCGAGUGCAUCGGCUAGUGCUUCAGAAAAUAAUGAAUUUUCUGGUGGUGGUCGUGAAUAUCCAGCUCAGCAAGCAAUACAAGUUUAAGGGAUUAACACUGGGUAAUGUCUUAAAUCCUUACUUGAUAUAAAUGUUUUAAUUCACGAACAAUAACUGGUUAAAUAAAAAACAAGCCUUUUAAAUUUAUCAGGAACAAAAGUUUAGUGAAAUUCUUAAUACUAUUUUUCAAUGCUUCAAAAAUCAUCCUUCGAAUUUCAACGAUUUUACUGGAAGAAUUGUAAUUUAAAAUUACAUAGAAAUAUCGAAUUACAAUUUUCAUUUAUUCUUUAUGUACUAAAUUUUAUUAGCUUAGAAUUUAGAACCUUGUUUGCGAGAAUAAAGAGCAAAUUAUUAAUUCACGUAAA